CCUAGCGCAGCCGCUGACAGACACACCAUGAGACCCCUCAUGUUCCUCGCCCUACUGGCCCUGGCCACACUCUGCCUCGCUGGCUGGGCAGAUGCAAAGCCCAGAGAUGAGUCUGGCAAAGGUGCAGCCUUUGUGUCCAAGCAGGAAGGCAGCGAGGUGGUGAAGAGACUCAGGCGCUACCUGGAUCAUGGGCUGGGAGCCCCAGCCCCCUACCCAGAUCCUCUGGAGCCCAGGAGGGAGGUGUGUGAGCUCAACCCCACCUGUGACGAGCUGGCUGACCACAUUGGCUUCCAGGAGGCCUAUCGGCGCUUCUACGGCACAGCCUAGAGCACUCAGCCCUGCCGGCCUGGCUGGCAGCCCCCAGCUCUGGCUCCUCUCCGGGACCCCUCCCCCUCCCCUUGCCCUGACCUCCCUGCCCGGCAAGUGUGAGAUCCCAGCAGCUGGGAGCAUCAUCCCAGCUGCUCCAGAAUAAACUCCGGAAG